AUGAGCGCAAAGGCUCCACAGCGCACCACCAGCGCGUUGAGCUUUAUGGAGAAAAUCUCCCCCCACGUUUACCUCUUCCGCCCGUCGCUAGAUAACACAAGAAACGGAGCUAAAGCCGACGACCCCGCGCUAAUCGUCAUCUUUGGCUGGAUGAAUGCUCCUGAUGGACCACUAGCCAAGUACAUUCGCCAGUACCAGGCUAUUUUCCCGGGAUCAGCUAUUCUUCUUAUAACCUGCACUUUCGCCGGCAUGACUGUUCCUUGGUUGGGCUUGCGAGAGUCUCGCAUUGCAGCUACUACCAUCCAAGCUAUUAUGAAGCAGGAUGAGCAGCAAGCGCUUUCCCAUAGAGACUCCGAGCUGCACCCGCGCCUUCUUCUCCAUGUCUUCUCUAACGCCGGCUCGACAAUGCUAUACCAUCUCUACGCCGCCUACUCCUCCGAUAAAAACAAAAGUGCAAUUCUACCCCUGCAUGCUACAGUCUUCGAUUCCACGCCUGCACCUUUCACUUACCAGACCCUUGUACGAGGCAUCCUCGACGGCGCCCCUUCGCCGGCAAUUCGUAUUGCAGUCAUGCCCAUUGCAUAUCUCUACGUUGCUUUCAUAUGGGUUAUCGUCACGGUAUUGCGAAUACCCGACCAUAUUGGCGACUUAGCACCGCGUGCGCACAACGACGUGGCGUGCGUAAAUGAAGCCUGCCGUGUCUACAUAUAUGGGACUGAUGACCGCAUUACGCCAGCUGCCGGCGUAAAGCGCCAUGCCGACGAGGCCGAAACACGGGGAUAUCACGUACGCCACGAGGUUUUCAAUGGUUCAGGACAUGUUGCCCAUGCAAAAAAGGAUGCAGAUCGCUACUGGCGCAUUGUGAAUGAGACAUGGGAAGAAGCGAAACUAGGGAAACGGAUGGGGCCACGACUGUAA